AUGGCGGACCGGAAGCUCAGCGGGCGGCAGAUAACGGAGCUCUUCUACACGGAAGUGGACCGCGCGCCGUCUGUCGGUGUGGUCGAAGAGGAAGCGGAUCCGGCCACCUUGUUCCGCUGCAAGUGCGGCAAGACGCGCACCCAGAGGCUCAAGCACGGAUACUCCAACCUGGUGCAGCACGUGCUAGUCAAGCACCCGGAGUGGGUGACGGCUGCCACGCGCGAGGCACAUCCGAGUCCCGUUCCUGCCGUGGCCAACAGCUCGGUGGUGCAGAAACGAUCGGACUACUUGUCGUGGGACGACUACUUCAUGAGCGUGGCGUUCCUCAGUGCAAUGCGCUCGAAAGAUCCGUCGACUCAAGUUGGGGCAUGCAUCGUCAACCCCGAGCGAAAGAUCGUAGGAAUUGGGUACAAUGGUUUCCCGAAUGGAUGCGGCGAUGACGAGUUACCCUGGGCUCGCGAAAGUGAGACCAACUCGCCGCUUGACACGAAGUACCCGUAUGUUUGUCAUGCAGAGAUGAACGCGAUUUUGAACAAGAACUCCACCGACGUGAAAGGAUGCACGAUUUACGUGGCGCUUUUCCCUUGCAAUGAAUGCGCCAAGCUGAUCAUUCAAAGCGGCAUCUCACGAGUCGUGUACUGCUCCGACAAGUACAACCAAGAUUGGAAGUUCGUGGCGUCACGCCGACUCUUGGACAUGGCCGGUGUGCAGUACACGCAGCACAGGCUCCAGCUCUCGAAGGUCGUCAUCGACUUCACCUCCGUUCAAUAG